UUCAUGCAGUUGCUCAGUCCCACUGUGGCGGCAGCAGUGCGCAUGAGGACCCACAUACUUUGCAGGUCCUUUGUUGCGGAAAUCGAAGAUGACUUAACCUCGACAGACUCUCAGCUGGCCAGGGAUGGCUGAAGAGUGAGAGACACUCCCCUAACACCCGAGGACAUUCUGCCGAUGGAAGGUGGUCAUCUGCCCAUCCAACCUGCCCAAAAGACUGUCUCCCCUCCGCCCUCAACUAAGAUGGCUUCCCAUGGCCUUCUCCUGCACUGGAAUGGACUGGAGCAGAGCUGCACCCUACCAUGGUGAUCAUAUUCUCAAAAACACUGGAAAAGAAGAAGGGUGUCGAUGAUGUAAGGUCCAAAGACACUGAAUUGCUGCUGCGUAAGCGCGGCACCAUGAGCAGAGGGACUACCCUCUUCUCCUGUGGCACUGUGGAGGCAGACAGGUGGCUAGACCUGCGCAGAGGCUGUGCCGUCCAGCCAGGGACCCCCUGCCAGUCCGGCGCCAGUCUGGAGAGCCUGUGGGACGUUCUGCCCGAGGAGUGUCAGCGGAGUAGCCGGGUCUGGGGCCGUGAGGUGGGCACCGCCACCGCCAUCACCAGCCUCAUUCGAGACCUCAACCUGGGCGAUGCCAAGCUGGCAGCCACCCAGUCCCUGGCCCUCGCCACCUCCACCUCAGCCGCCACGGCGCCCCCUAGCAAGCGCCAGUGCCGCUCACUCUCACUGUCCUUCUCCGAAGCGUUUGGGAGCUGCAGGUCGUCAUGGAGACCCCAGGGGUCGCGAGUGUGGACGGCGGUGGAGAAGAGGAGGUGCCACAGCGGGGGGAGUGUACAGCGCUGCUCUGGAGGAAGUGGAAUAGGAGGUGGUGGAAGUUUUUCAGGGGUUCAUUUUCCUGCCAUGCAGCGGAGCUCCAGUUUCAGCCUGCCAUCCCGCUCCAACAACCCCACAGAAGGCACCCUGGAGCUUCCCUGCUUCAACCAGAACCUGCCCCUUCACCCCCUGUUCACUGCCUCCCCUACCUCCCUCUCCUACCUCCACUCUCUCAGGCCCCUCUCCUUGUCCCAUGAGCAGAUCAGCCUGCCAGACCACCACAGAGAGGGGGCCAGCUCACCGGACUGCAACCCACAGCUGGGGAGACGUGCUGGGCAGACAGCAGGGAGGACUGGGGGGCUGUCGCGGAGCAAGUCCCAGCCCUGCGUCCUGAACGAUAAGAAGAUCGGUAUGAAGCGCAGGAGACCAGAGGAUGCUCAGGAACCACGACCCUCCCUGGACCUGGCCAAGAUGACUCAGAAACUCCAGACUUUCCACAGCUUGAGCUGCCCUGGGUUCUCUGGUCCGGACAGCUGUCAAUCAAACAUGCCCCCACCCUCCUCCAGGAGCUUGAGCCAAUCGGAAUCUUACUUCACCUGUGCGCCUGACCUAGGUGCUGAGACUCAACAGGAAGUGGAUGAGGAGGAGGAUGACUCUUCCUAUGAGGAGCUGGACAGUGACUCUGCGUGUAGCCUGGACUCUAGGCCCUGGUCCCCAUGCAAGGGAGAGGGGGAGAGAAUGGGAGAGGGACACCCCCUCUGGAAGAGUGAGUGUGGGACAGAGAAGGACAUCUACCAGCUGGGGGGAGAGCUGGACAUCGACCAGAUCGAGAGGAACUGAACGGAACCUGAAGCCUUUGGAUAAAGGAUUGUCGUAACCUUCAUGACCACGCGAAGGAUGCCUUACGUAUGAUAGGGGGAUAUUGAGCGGAUUGAAAGGAACUUCGCGAUUUUGGACAGAGUGGUUUUGGAACAUUACAAGGAUGUUUGCGAAUAAUGUGGGAGGCAAGGGAUGUUGUACUGUAUGUGAUGUCAAUGAAGGACAAAGCACGUGAAACUGUUGAUAGAAAGUGUUGCAUGUGAACUUUGGUUGAACUUUGAGGUCCUGCGGGACAAACAGUUGUUUUGAACUGUCUCGUUGUCUUUCUGAAUUUAAAGGCAGUUGCUUUCGCUUGGUGACAUGCAGCCUAACUCUGGAGUGGGGAUCGAGGGAUAGUCUUUAACACCUCAAACUCCUCUCUCCUCUAAAAUUGAGUACCUCCUUAUACAACUGGACAGAACUAACGGCAAGGUUUUAGUACUGUAGCAUUUGCAGCAGGAGUAUUUUCCAACUUCUGCUUUUCUCUACCAGACUAGGGGGACAUGAUGGCCUGAGAGAGAGGGAUGAAGUAGAGCAGGAGAGAAACUGUUCUUUUCAUAUAUAUCUCCCCUUGACCCUUUUCUUCAACUAUUCUUACAGGAAGAUGUCCCCUGCUGAAUUCCAAGUUAACCCCUAUACCAUUGGCACUCCUGUAGAUCUGAAAGAAUGAAAGCACCAGUAUUACUUUCCUUCUGAUUGGCUGUGUGGAGUUUUUACUAUAUAUGCUUAGAUCUAUCCAAUAAUUUCAGGUCUUUAGGAGUACCUAGGGGAUAGGGGUCAAUUUGGAAUUCAUAAAUUAUUCACACAUCCUCGCUGAAUGUAAAUAAGCUUUAAGGGGUUUGGAAAUACCUGCCGAUUUGUUCGGUCAGAUACAAGUCCUUUUCACCUCAAAUCCCUGCUCGAAAACAAACCUUUUAUAGAUUCUAAUAUGCAAAAUGUAUAUUUGAAUAAACACAGAAUUUUAAGUCUUCAGUUCUAAUAUCAAUGUAUAUUUUUCUAAAUGUAUGUUUUUAUUAUCUGUUUGCGAAGGAUCACGAAUAAGAGACCCUACUUUAACAGGACAGACAUUAAAUAAAAAUGCAAACUGCC